ACCUCACUGCUCGUCUAAAAAAAACCGCUCACAUAUUUGACGUGUUUCAACAAAUUCUUACAUACUCAGGUAUUUUUGAGCGAGCCCAAUGGCGACAGGGCAACUUUUCUCCCGUACGACACAAGCAUUGUUCUAUAACUAUAAGCAAUUACCAAUUCAGCGAAUGCUUGAUUUUGACUUCCUUUGUGGGAGGGAAACACCUUCAGUUGCUGGAAUCAUCAACCCUGGUGCUGAAGGAUUUCAGAAACUAUUUUUUGGCCAAGAAGAGAUUGCCAUCCCAGUACAUUCCACUGUCGAAGCUGCUUGUGCCGCACAUCCUACUGCUGAUGUAUUUAUAAACUUUGCAUCCUACAGAAGUGCUGCUGCUUCAUCCAAUAUUGCUCUCAAACAACCCACAAUCAGAGUUGUGGCUAUUAUAGCUGAGGGUGUUCCUGAAUCCGACACCAAGGAAUUGAUUGCGUAUGCAAGAUCAAACAACAAGGUUGUUAUCGGCCCUGCAACUGUUGGUGGUAUUCAAGCUGGAGCUUUUAAAAUUGGUGACACUGCAGGAACAAUUGAUAACAUUAUUCAAUCCAAACUUUACAGGCCAGGAUCUGUUGGAUUCGUCUCCAAAUCUGGUGGCAUGUCAAAUGAGUUAUACAACACAAUUGCGCGUGUAACAGACGGAAUUUACGAAGGUAUUGCUAUUGGAGGAGAUGUUUUUCCCGGUUCUACUCUUUCUGAUCAUGUUUUGCGGUUCAACAACAUUCCUCAGGUGAAAAUGAUUGUUGUUCUGGGGGAACUUGGUGGUCGAGAUGAGUACUCCUUAGUUGAAGCCCUUAAGGCCGGAAAAAUAAGCAAACCAGUAUGCGCUUGGGUCAGUGGAACUUGUGCUCGACUCUUCAAGUCUGAAGUUCAAUUCGGGCAUGCGGGGGCCAAGAGUGGUGGUGAAAUGGAGUCUGCACAAGCUAAAAACCAAGCACUUCAGGAUGCUGGGGCCAUCGUCCCGACAUCAUACGAAGCAUUUGAAGUUUCGAUCAAAGAAACAUUCGAGAAGUUGGCUGAGGAGGGCAAGAUUAGUCCCAUUAAGGAGAUCUCACCUCCACAAAUCCCCGAGGAUCUUAACACCGCAAUCAAAAGUGGCAAAGUACGAGCACCAACUCACAUUAUUUCAACCAUCUCUGAUGACCGAGGUGAGGAGCCAUGCUAUGCUGGCGUACCAAUGUCUUCAAUUGUAGAAAAAGGAAUGGGGAUCGGUGAUGUUAUUUCGCUUUUAUGGUUCAAACGCAGUCUUCCCCGCUACUGCACACAGUUCAUCGAGAUUUGCGUCAUGUUAUGUGCCGAUCACGGGCCAUGUGUAUCCGGUGCUCACAACACGAUUGUAACUGCAAGGGCAGGAAAAGAUCUCGUAUCCAGCCUUGUUUCUGGUUUGCUGACUAUUGGUCCUCGUUUUGGUGGUGCCGUUGAUGAUGCUGCUCGCUACUUCAAGGAUGCUUAUGAUAGGAAACUUUCACCAUAUGAGUUUGUUGAAAGUAUGAAAAAGAAGGGUAUUCGCGUUCCGGGUAUUGGUCACAGGAUCAAGAGAGGUGAUAACCGAGACAAGAGAGUCGAGCUGCUACAACUAUUUGCUCGCACCAAUUUCCCAUCAACCAAGUACAUGGAAUAUGCGGUUGAAGUAGAAACUUACACUCUCUCAAAGGCAAACAACUUAGUAAUGAACGUCGAUGGUGCCAUUGGUACCCUUUUCUUGGAUCUUCUCGCUGGUAGCGGAAUGUUCACGAAACAAGAAAUCGAUGAAAUUGUAGGGAUUGGUUACCUUAACGGGCUCUUUGUGUUAGCCCGUUCCAUUGGUCUGAUCGGGCAUACGUUCGAUCAGAAGAGAUUGAAGCAGCCGCUAUACCGUCACCCAUGGGAAGACGUUCUUUACACCAAGUAAUUCGUGUUGUUGUUUGUUUGUUUGUAUCAUUUAAUUAGCAUGGUUCGAUCGGAGUGGAGUCUUGUUUCGGAACUUUAGAAAUGAAAUAACAAGAUCGUGUUGUUGGUUCUCUUUGUACUAAUAUUUUUGUAGUUGUUAAUGUCGAAUGAAUACCAUGUUUUAGUCGUUGCCAGAU